AUGCAAGACCGCCACUACACCGAGCGAUACCUGUCACUCGACGUUAAAGGUUCUUGUGAAGCAUGUAACAACGAAGAGGUCAUCGCCCGAGUGUUCUUCAACUUGAAGAGCAAAGUCGUUUGCGGGCGGUGUUCGCAACAGUGGAGGAGCUGGUGUGGCCUCUGUGACUGGCGUACCCUCAUCACUUCAGUGAUGGACGAAGAAGAAUGCGAAGAGGUCUGGACUGAAUUUGUCAACCACAUCGCGGACCAUGACAAGGAGGUCGAAUUGAGCAAGCAGAGAAGGGCGAAAGGGCACUGCGUCGCAUGCCCAGCCACAUUCGAGACCACCAAAAUGCGCUCUCUGCCAGAAGACUUCUUCCCGAAUGAAGUCAAAGAAGACGACGUCAUCUGCACACAAUGUUUGACCUGGUUCUCAAGUAACAGGACCAGGAAACUCUACGACUGGCAGAAUCUCCAAGAAUUCAUCGAUGGCCGAGCCCCGAUAUAUGAGGAGUCAACAAAGAACGCAGCGAUCAGAGCUGGCAGCAAGCUCUGUGUGUGCUCUACCGAUGAGAACCCCGUUGAAGGCACCGUCCUCAUGAAGGUCUUGCCAUGGCUCGAUAGACAUCCCAAGCUAUGCCGAGACUGCGCUGGCUUCUGGAGGAGCUACCAUUACAAGAAGUCCCAUGUAUGGACUACCUAUGACUUCUCAACCCACGAAAAGUUCACCGAGUUUUUGUCAGGAGCAAAGCAGAAUGGGUUGAGACUAGAGAAACGGUGCCAACAAAGGGAUGAAGGACUCUUAUGGAAACAUAUACUUAGAGGAGGAAGGAAACGCAUUUAA